AUUAAAAUUAAAAAUAAAAUACAAAAAUAACUGGCUUGCUUGCUAGCUAGCUAGCUUCCGGGCAAGAGAGGAGGAAGGCGAGUUCUGAAGCUUAUGUCUCGAUAGUGGCAAAAACGCGCAUAGCCAUAAACAAAAAUGAAUUUUAGAAAAUGAAUAAAGUAGCGAAACCAGUGUUCGGGGAUCUUGCAUCAAAUCGAAGGUUCUUUCCAUCACGUUCAUUUCAAAUUCAAUUUACGCAAUCAUAACUCAGAUCCGAAUCAAACCAUAACCAGAGAUCCACUUUCUAAUUUUCUUCUUUUCACUCCAAAAAAAAUCCCCUUACAAUAAAAUAAAAAAUAAAAUAGUAAUUUAUUUUCUUCUAUCUUCAAUUUUCUCUCCACUUUUUCUUCUCUUCUUCUCCUUCUUCCCUCGUAAAUUCAACUGCCAUAGAUUCACCAUGGCACCACCGCGAUUCAACAAUCGAAGAACCGUUCUCGCUCUUCGCCUCUUCAUUCUCCUGUGCUUAAUCUUCCAAACCUUCGCUCAGGAUUCUCUGGCGCAUAAUGAGAGGCAAGAGUCCGGUGGAUCUGUGGAUCUCGGUCGCCGUGCCAAAGUUGCAUUGAGUGAUAUAGAGAAUGCUGCGGUUCUUCCUCUUAGCUUGGAUUCCUCAGGUGUUGGACUCUUCGAUGCUUUCUUUGCUAGUCUAUCAAUGAUCCUCGUCAGUGAGAUUGGGGAUGAGACAUUUAUAAUAGCAGCUCUCAUGGCUAUGCGGCACCCUAAGUCAACUGUUUUGUCCGGUGCGCUCACAGCCUUGAUUAUAAUGACAGUACUUUCAACCGGACUAGGAAGGAUUGUGCCAAAUUUGAUUUCAAAGAAGCAUACAAAUAGUGCUGCUACAGUUCUUUAUCUUUUCUUUGGGUUACGACUGCUGUACAUUGCUUGGAGAUCAGAUCCAAAAUCUUCACAGAAGAAAGAAAUGGAAGAAGUUGAAGAAAAACUUGAAGGUGGGCAAGGUAAAACUUCAUACCGGCGGUUCCUUUCAAGAUUUUGUACACCUAUAUUUUUGGAGUCAUUUAUUUUAACAUUCCUUGCCGAGUGGGGUGACCGUAGCCAGAUUGCAACAAUUGCACUGGCAACACACAAAAACGCAAUUGGAGUAGCAGUUGGGGCCACUAUAGGGCACACAAUCUGUACCUCAGUAGCAGUGGUUGGAGGAAGCAUGCUGGCAUCUAGGAUUUCCCAGCGUUCUGUAGCCACUGUUGGUGGCCUUCUCUUCCUCGGCUUUUCUUUGUCUUCAUACUUCUACCCUCCUUUAGAUUAAUAUAAGUGCUAAUUAAUCUUAUUCGUAAUGGCUUCUUUAUGCUCUUUUUACCUUAAUUUUUUCACUUGCUGGUUGUCUUUCUUAUAGAACUGGUUUAAGAUAUUGUAUCCACUCACUAGGAAAGCUCAAUCCUUACUCGAAUAUAAGAUUUUGUAUCUCAUUCUUUUUUGUAAAAUAUUUCGAAUGGACAGCCAUUGUUUUUGUCAUUAUUUUCGAAAAGCAAAAGUAUAUCCUUCUCUCCA